AUGAACCCACAAGAACACAUCAGAGUUUUCGACUAUCUCGGAUGGAGAGAUCGAAGCGCAUACGUCAAAUCUUUUCCAGAGGCAUUCUCAAGACCUGAUUCAAUAGAUUCUAUCUCUCUGGCAAUGAUCUCGGCGUUUGAUGACCAUAUGGAGUUUACCCUAACAGCAGCAAGUAAAGCCAGAUAUAUCGCCGCGAUGGAAAGCUCGAACGUCAGGUUCAAUGCGGACAAGAAAAGUGAGAUUUCUCAGGCUUAUGCUACUUUCCAAGAAUCCCUCGAGGCGGUAAUGCAGAAGUUAGUUAACAGCUCCAAACAAUCAAUCAAUCUCGAGCUGUUUAUGCAAAGCGAAGAAAUCGAUGAUAAUCCGUUGGUGCAAACAUGGGCAGAUCUUUAUUGUCAAGGGCCUGGAGCAACUCACUUGGAGAAUCGCGAUAAACUUCUGAAGAUGUUGGACAAUUUGCCUAACUCCAAUAGAAGGUCAGGGGACACUUCAGAUGGAUCGCACUUCCUGGACUUUUAUUCCAGCAGAGGAUGA